UUCCUCCACGAUUAUAUGACCGAUCGAAAGAAGAAGGAUAAAAUCCGAGCGAACGACCCGAACGGCGGAGAGGCAGGCGGCCCGGCCCGCCUCGGCGAGGGGAACUCGAGAGGCCGGGGCGGUGUUUCCAGAGCGGGGGCGGAGUUAGGCGGACGGACCGGAAGUGAGGUUCUGGGCACCCCCGGCAACAAUCUACACGAGAUAGAGACCGCCCAGGGGCAGCGUUUCCUGGUCAGCAUGCCCUCCAAAUACCGCAAGAACAUCUGGAUCAAGAGAGGCGACUACCUCAUCGUGGACCCCAUCGAAGAGGGGGAGAAGGUGAAGGCCGAGAUCUCCUUCGUACUGUGCAAGGACCACGUGCGCUCUCUGCAGGAGGACGGACUCUGGCCCGAAGCAUUCUCCGCAGGGGCCGGGAAGCCCGACGGCAAGAACAGGGAGGCUGACGCCCGGGCCCCGGCCGGGCCUCGCUCCGCGGACUCGGACGACGACUCGGACCUCUUCGUCAACACCAACCGGGUGCAGUACCAGGAGAGCGAGGAGGAGGAGGAGGAGAGCGAGGACAGCCGGGACGACGACGAGGAGCGGGGGGAGGAGGACGCGGCGGCCUGAGCUUCGGGACCGCGCCCCGGCCGGGGACGGGGCGGGCUCCCCGCGGAACUGAGCCCCCGGCCGGGGCGGGGGGGACACGGGACUGUUGCCCGAGAGCUGCGUGUACAGUAAACCGGAGUUGACCACCGAG